ACAAUUACCGCGAUUUUGUUAUACAAGGUGACCCAAACCGUUGCCCCGUUUUAGUUAAACCUGAUAAUUUAGGUCUACCCUAGAGCCACGGUAUGCGUACUCCAUCUUAAAGACUCGAUAACACAUCUUAAGUAAAUGCAGUAGUAAUAACUGUAGUUUGUUACAUCGUUGAGAAGAGUUUAUAUAACAGUGAGUAAGAUUUACCAAUUAGUGACAGUGGCAGGUAAAUAAGAUAAGAGAAACCGGUAUUAUUGGUGAAACAGAAAGUAAACAUGGAGGCUUUGAAAUGUGUAGUUGUGGGUGACGGUGCUAUUGGUAAAACGUGUAUGCUUUUUUCAUACACUUGCAACAAAUUUCCUAGAGAUUAUGUACCUACUGUAUUUGAUAGUUACUCUGUAAAUCUGACGGUUGGAGGUGAAAUGUAUUCACUGGGUUUAUUUGAUACAGCUGGUCAAGAAGAUUAUGAUAAUUUACGACCCUUAGGUUACCCCCAUACACAUAUUUUUCUGGUGUGUUAUUCUGUUGUUACUCCAGCCUCAUUUGAAAAUGUCACUGAGAAGUGGAUCCCAGAAAUUACUUCACAUUGUCCAAAAACGCCAUUCUUAUUAGUGGGAACACAAACAGAUUUACGAGAUGACACUGAAACCAUAGAAAAAUUGGCCAAAAAGAAAGAAAAGCCAAUUUCAGUAGAACAAGGUGAAAAACUAGCAAAACGACUUGGUGCUGUUAAAUAUGUAGAAUGCUCAGCUUUGACUCAGAAAGGAUUGAAGAAUAUAUUUGAUGAAGCAAUCUUAGCAGCACUUCAACCGCCACCAAAGAAACCUAGAAGAAGAAGGAAAUGUGCCAUUUUAUAAAUGGAAUACAACAUUUUAAUGGAGUUUUAUCCAAUGUAGAAAACUGUUGUUUUGAAAGUAAAAGGUAGAAGUUAACCCACCCAUAUAGUUGCAUCAACGACAAUAGAUCUAUCGUGCGGUCAUCUGGGUUAACAAAGAUGGCGCUAGUGAAUGUGAGAUGAUUGCGGACCCUAUCCCACCCUCUUACGCUGAAAAUGUGAUAUAAUUGUAUUAUAUUUAUUCUGUGAAUAGUUCCCAUAAUAACGUCUGAUUCGAAUUACAUAUUUAUUGCCCGAAUUGCGUCACAAAUAAGAUGGUGGUUUACUAGUGAAUGUGUCGAUGAACUUCUAUUACAAGUAAAUGUAAACUUUAUCUGUGAACAGAACACAUUUAUGGGAUACAAUCACUAGUUUUAUUCUAAAAGCACGACGUUUCGACAAGUAUACUCUUAUCAUUAUCAAACACAAACAAGAUGGUGGUUUACUAGUGAAUGUGUCGAUGAACUUCUCUUAGAAGUAAAUGUAAACUUUAUCUGUGAAUAACUGUUAAAAGUAUAUGUGAACUUUAUCUAUGACGUACUGUUUAAAGACAAUGUAAUCUUUAUCUGUGAAUAAUAAUAAUAAUUCAUUUAUUCGUAAGUAAAUAAGUAAACUUACAAAGAUUCAAUGAAGAAUGUAUAAAUAUAUAAAUAUACAUAUAUGUAAUGUGAACCGUAAUCAUACAAUCACUAUUCUGUACACAGAAAGUUUAUAAUUUCAUAAAUUUUAUAUACAUCUCGCAUCAAUGUUAAAUCUCUGAUACAACCAUUUUUUUUUAUUUUAUCAUCAUCAUCACUACUCAAAUUAAUAUCUUGUGUAUUAACAAUAUUUAAUAAUUCUGAUGCUUUGAUUGUAUUAAAAUGUACAUAUUUAUUCAGAUUAUACUUAUAACAAAUAUAAUUUCUACUAUUAAAGAUACAUUAUGGAAGAUUAGAUAAAGAGCUGGCAGUUCUUAUAAUAGUUAAACACUGGAUAAUGUAAAGGGAAUUUGCUGAAAAUUUCAGUCAAAUUGAUCCUCUCUGAACCGAGAAUUUAGCGAUUGAAUUUUGGGCCUAGCCUCGAUCAUCAUUACUAAAGUCGGUACGAUAAAAACAUAGGCUCAAUUAUCCAUUUCAUGAUUAAAUCAAAAGCAGCAGACCGGGCUCUAAUCCAGUAAAUAUCGCAGGAUAGCGAUUCCAUUGAGAGUUGAUUAUGGCCUGGAUAAGUUAAUUAAUGUCUAAUUAAUAAUUUAGAUAACAUUUCAGGCCUAAAGAAAGACCUGCAAUUGGAAGAUUUAGCUUUUGCAUAAUGUAUGUUUAAAUAUGGUUGACUGACUUCUGUGUAGAGCCAGCAAGGUGCAUUCAUUAUUACGUUUUAGCCCUCUGCAGAUAAAUUUAAAAAUCCUUUUGUGAAGUUGUGCUUCAAUUGAGAUAUCAUUACAAAUAUUAUGUGCCCGAUGUGAUGCAUUUAACAAUCUUCUUAUGCUUUCUAUUAACCACAAUCAAAUUUUCAAAAAUCCCACAGCUGGCACCCAUAUAUUGACAUGAAAAGCUUGUGAACAGGUUAUAUAUUAAAUUUUCUUUAGCAUAAAAACUACGUAUGUACAUUUCAAUUAACUCAUCUUUAGCUUUACAAGCAAAUGUAUUGCCCAAGUGAAGUUCUAAUUUAAAGAUGUCUACUCAUACAAAUAUAAAACUUUUAAGAGUGAAAUUAACUUUAGCAUAAAAACUAUGUAUGUACAUUUCAAUUAACCCAUCUUUGGCUUUACAAGCAAGUCUAUUGCCCAAGUGAAGUUCUAAUUUAAAGAUGUCUACUCGUCUACCAUUAAUCUAAACAUUCUUCCCAUCAACAGUAUGGUUUUGUUUUGCAAGAAAAACAAAAAGUUUUGCUUUAUCAGGAUUGAAUUUUACAAUAUACUCUUCAGAGUAAUCUUUUGCAAUAUUUAGUAAAUCAGAGACUCCUUAGGUGACAAAAGUUACAUCAUCGGCAUAAGCUAUUGCUCUGACAUACACAUGCCCAAUGGAAUAACCAAUAACUCUUAAAAGAAAAUGUAAACUGUAUCUGUGAAUAACUGUUACAGUUAAUACUUUUGUGUUUCUUUUUAAUAUAUGCCGGAUUUCUAUUUCAUUAAUACCAGAAUAUUUUUUAUGAAUGUUAUUUAUAAAUUUCUAUUGUUUUUUUUUAUAUACUAAUUGUUAUUAAAAUUUUUCGAAUCAA